ACGUCACCGCGCGAUUGUCUAGUCAACAGAGGCUCAGCUGUUGUGGGGCGACCGCGGGAAAAAAAAAAAGAUAUAUUCCAUCGGCCGGUUCCAGGGAGGGACUCUGGACUUCCGCGGGAUCUGUGUUUCGGAGAAUAUAACGGGAACACAUCAGCAUUCGUUCUUCAAAUAUAAGCCGAGACACGUUGGGUUGGCAUAGCGGAGGUUUAAAUCUAGGACAGUCUCUCUCGAGAGGAAGGAAAAUGGAGCUGGAUGACGGAGUUGUGUACCAGGACGACCCGGGGACAUCGGCGAUCAUGUCGGAGAGGGUCUCGGGCCUGGCCAACUCCAUCUACCGCGAGUUCGAGAGACUCAUCCGCAAGUACGACGAGGACGUGGUGAAGGAGCUGAUGCCGCUGGUCGUGGCGGUGCUGGAGAACCUCGACACCGUGUUCGCCGAGAACCAGGAGCACGAAGUGGAGCUGGAGCUCCUGAAGGAGGACAACGAGCAGCUGAUCACACAGUACGAGCGCGAGAAAGCGCUGAGGAAACACACCGAGGAGAAGUUUAUUGAAUUUGAAGAUUCCCAAGAGCAAGAGAAGAAGGACUUGCAGAACCAUCUGGAAAGCCUGGCAUCACAUUCUCGUCAGCUGGAGCUGAAGAUCAAGAACUAUGCUGACCAGAUAAGUCGAUUAGAGGAGCGAGAGGCUGAACUCAAGCGCGAGUAUAAUUCCCUUCAUCUGCGGCAUACAGAGAUGAUCCACAACUACAUGGAACAUGUGGAACGGAUCCGGAUACAGCAGAUGGGAGGAGAGGCCUCUGACACAGCAACAAUUGGCCGAGUUCGGAAAGAGCGGCCCCUGUCUCUGGGAAUCUUCCCCAUGUCCGGCGGUGGCACUUCACUGACACCUGACAUCCAGGGCAGAGCCGAGACUCCUGGGAUGGAGGGCUGGAGAUUCAAUAACCUCAGUCAUCAGUGCUCUAACGCCAGCCUCAAGUUGGAGGCGGAGGACACUCCAAAGAAAUGGGGUGGUAAGGAUGUUCUGGAAGCUUGGGCCUCGCUGGCAAACGACUGCAAGGAUGAGCUGUCUGACCUCAGCCAGGGAGGCUCAAAGUCUGUCACUCCCAUGUCCACCACGGCCUCAGAUUUGGCCCUGGACUCGCACAGAGAGGAUGGAGAUGGAUUCUGGAAGAACAUAGAGGUUCAGGCUGUUCCAGGGACCAGGAGCGUCUCUGCGGCGCUUCAUUUAGUGGUCUACUACCAUUCAGAAGUUUGGGGUCGGGAUUUUCUCAUAGACUGUAUAAAAAGGAUUUUCUGGAGUCCUGAGUUCUAUUUCUUCUAUAAUGUAUAUGUGGAUUUUCUGCGCGAGGGCGCAGCCAUUAUUGAGUCCACACCAGAGCUGGACAUGGACCUCGGAUAUAAAGGUUCAAGCACCCCGACCCUAGGGAUUGAGAACAUGGCAUUCGACCGAAAUACAGAGUCCCUCUUUGAAGAAGUGUCGUCAGCAGGCACAGGUUUGAUUGGAGACGUGGAUGAAGGAGCAGAUCUGUUGGUGGAGUACUCCGUGCAUGCGCUUUCACACCCGAGUCUGUCCGGCAUGGGUCGUGAGGUGGAGAAUCUCAUUCAGGAAAAUGUGCAGUUGCUUGAGACAAAAAAUGCAUUGAACGUGGUGAAGAACGAUCUGAUUGCUCGUGUGGAUGAGCUCUCCUGUGAGAAGGAGGUUCUUCAGGGGGAGCUGGAUGCGGUUUUGCAGGCCAAAGCCAAACUAGAGGAGAAAAACAAGGAGCUGGAGGAGGAACUCAAAAAAGUGAAAGCAGAGGCAGAGGAGGCCAAACAGAACAAUAAUAAAGAAAAAGAUGAGAGCGAUGUGCCCACUGCUCAGAGGAGGAGGUUCACGCGGGUGGAGAUGGCUCGAGUCCUGAUGGAGCGAAACCAGUACAAGGAGAGACUGAUGGAGCUGCAGGAGGCCGUCAGGUGGACGGAAAUGAUCCGAGCUUCACGGGAAAACUCUGAAGUUGCAGAGAAGAAGAGGUCAAGCAUCAGGCAAUUCUUCAGUCGCCUGUUCAGUUCCUCCAGUUCCUCAACGUCCAGCAACACAGCGAGAGGUUUACCCUCCAACGUCAAGUACAACCCACCCAGCAUCAUGAAAAAGAGCAACACCUUCUCCCAGUUCCCAAGAGAAAAGUCCAAAGCGUUCGACUUCCUCAAAGAAGAGGUGGACUCGAGUGGUUCUCUGUCCCGCCGGGAGCAGAAGCGCGCUCAAUACCAGCAUGUGAAAGCCCAUGUUCAGAAGGAGGACGGCAGGGUCACAGCACAUGGCUGGAGUCUCCCUGGCAAAUACAAGGUUGCUAAUGGUGGCCACACGGAGAACAAAAUAAACCUACCUGUUCCUGUGUGUCUCAGGCCACUGGAGCAGAAAGAUGCUUCUAUGAAGCUCCUGUGUGCAGCUGGAGUGAACCUCUCAGGUGGGCGGUCAUGUGAGGGAAGCUCGGGCGUUUCUGGUGAAGAGUCUACGGUGGAGACAGACGCCUCCAAACAGAGGAAAGGCUCUCAGAGCAGCCUAGAUCAGCUGGAGCAGGAACCUAAGGAGCAGGAACGGGAGCAGACGGUGCAUGUGGAGAUGUCCAGUCGCGUUUGGAUCUGUACGAGCACUCACUCCUCCACAAAGGUGAUGAUCAUGGAUGUGACGCGGCCCGACGACCUGCUCGACAGCUUCUACGUCUGUAACUCAUGUGUGCUGUGUAUCGCCAGCGUACCAGGAGUCUUGGAGACAGACUAUCCUGCAGGGGAGGAGAUUCCUCAGGACCUGGAGGCGGGACCAGACGUUUUAUUGGCCAGUAGCAGCUCUCAGGGCAGUGAGGGUGUGUUGAGUGACGUGUCAGCGGUGGGCUGCAGUGUUGAAGAGGCCAGCACAGGGUCUCAGACGGGCAGCACAGGGACCACCGAACGGUCAGCAGAACAGAGUCCUGCCAGAGGAAGUGAUCUUUCCAGAGCUCCCAGUAAAGAAGGGGUCCCUGCAGCAGAGGAGGCUAUGGAGGCCACUGAGGAAGACCAGGAGAGCCCGGGACAGGACACCAGCCAGCCAGGAAUCUACACGGAGCACGUGUUUACGGACCCACUGGGAACAGAGUCUUCUGGGGCUUCAGCAGGCAACGAUAACCAGAGGGAGUCCGAUCAGGACAGGGACGAUACGGCCUCAGCAGGUGAAAAGACGAAUCUGGCAAAAGAAGAGAUCCAGCGGAUGAGCAGCGCACUGCCUACCAUGUGGCUAGGGGCUCAGAACGGCUGUUUAUACGUGCACUCAUCGGUCGCUCGAUGGAGGAAGUGUCUUCAUGCUGUCAAGCUGAAGGAUUCCAUCUUGAACAUUGUACAUGUGAAAGGCCGUGUUUUGGUGGCUCUGACUGACGGUACACUGGCCAUCUUUCACAGAGGUCUUGACAGCCAGUGGGAUUUAACCAACUACCACCUCUUGGACCUUGGCCGGCCACAUCACUCGAUCCGCUGCAUGACUAUUGUGCAUGAUAAAGUGUGGUGUGGCUACAGGAACAAGAUCUAUGUGAUUCAGCCCAGAGCAAUGAAAAUAGAGAAGUCUUUUGAUGCCCACCCGCGUAAGGAGAGUCAAGUGCGUCAGCUGGCCUGGGUGGGUGACGGUAUCUGGGUGUCCAUCCGGCUAGACUCCACCCUCCGCCUCUUCCACGCUCACACCUUCCAGCAUCUCCAGGACGUGGACAUUGAGCCUUAUGUCAGCAAAAUGUUAGGAACGGGAAAACUGGGCUUCUCUUUUGUGAGGAUCACGGCUCUAAUGGUUUCCUGUAACCGGCUGUGGGUGGGAACAGGAAAUGGUGUCAUCAUCUCCAUCCCUUUAUCAGACUCAGCUCAUAAGACUGUAGGAGCGAUCGCCUGUCGUCCAGGUGGGGUGGUGCGAGUGUAUGAUGACACUGUGGAUUGUGUGGUGACGGGCUCGUACGUACCGUACUGCUCCAUGGCACACGCUCAGCUCUGCUUCCACGGCCACAGAGACGCUGUUAAAUUCUUUGCUACAGUUCCAGGUCAGGUUAUUGUGCCAGGAGCUGAAGGUACGACUGAGAACUCGGACGGCAAGAGCAUGCUCAUCAUGAGCGGAGGAGUGGGAUACAUCGACUUCAGGAUCGGUGAUGAGGAUGGUGGUUUGGGACGAGAUGAAGAUGAUGAAUCGGCCGAACCCACUUUGAAGCUGCAGUCGGCUCCUGCCAAACCUGAGCGCAGUUAUGUUAUAGUCUGGCAGGUUGCUUUAGGCAGUGAGUGACUGAUAAAUCACUGCUGCAGGUUCAACGGAGAACUCUAGGUCAACCCACAUGGGCUUAUUAUUUUACAACAUACUAUUCUUAAUACAGAUAUUAUUAUUAUUAUUAUUAAUAGUGUUGUUCUUAAAGGGGUCAUAUGAUG